AGGGUUGGGUUGGAUCCGAUCCUUCGAAGACGCAUCCCUGUUCAGCCUUGAUUAAUUGAUCGGCCUGACUGUGUCGAUUGUCAGCUCCUUUGGGCUACAUCAAUGACUGGCCGUCCUUCUAUCCUCCCUGGAUUGUAUAGGGUUCUGUCGCGUGCCGAUUAACUGCAUCAUGGCUAGCCUCCUUCGUCUACUACGCACCCAGUAUACCCCUCCGGUCGACCCCAGUGGGGUUUCAUUCGCAGGAAAAACGGUCAUCCUGACCGGAGCCACAUCCGGACUGGGGUUCGAGGCCGCCGUCAAGCUCCUCAAUCUCGGGGUGGAGUCGCUCAUUAUAGGGAGCCGGAACCUCCAGCGAGGCCAAGCGACCAAGACGGAGCUUGAGAAGCUUACAAACAGACAAGGAGUGAUUCAAGUAUGGCAGCUGGAAAUGAACAGCUUCCAGAGCGUCAAGAGUUUCGCAAACCGGGUGAACGAGGAGUUGCACCAAUUGGACAUUGCGUUACUAAACGCCGGAAUAUGGAACCGAGAUUUCGGCGUAUCGCCCGAGGGAUGGGAGGAAACAUUGCAGGUCAAUACGUUAUCCACUUCCCUGUUGGCGCUGUUGCUCCUUCCGAAACUAAGGAGUAGCUCCUCCUUGUCCGACCCGGCUCAUCUUACGGUCGUGUCCAGCCAACAGUUCGUGCGCGUGAAGGCCAAGAGUCUUCGGACGGUGCAGCCAUUAUUAAAGCAUCUGAAUAGCCCGCAGACCUUCAAAGGCCCCAAGCAGUAUGGUAUAUCGAAGCUUCUCCUGGAGUAUGUUCUCAAGACGGUAGCUGGUCUGGUUCGGAAUGAGAAUGGCACUGUGCCGGUCAUUAUCAACACUGUAAGCCCUGGGUUUUGUGUCUCGUCUCUUGGACGGCAAUACAGUAGAUUCUACGAGCGAUGGGCGACGUGGUUGGCUUAUAAGCUAUUUGCGCGCACGGCGGAGCAAGGGAGCCGGUCGUUGGUCAGUGCCACUUAUCAGGGGGUGGAGUCGCAUGGGAAGUGCUGGCGGAGUGAUGGAUAUCUAGAUGAAUCCGUGGCGUUGACAACGGGAGCGGAAGGAAAGCAGUUCCAGGCGAGAGCGUGGACGGAGAUCAUGAACGAGCUGGAGGAGCAAUCCGAGGGGCUGAAGGAGUCAAUCAGGGGGUGGUAAAAGCGCUUAAUCUUCACUAGCCGGGGCGAUACGUCUA